AUCUUGUCAAAUUUUGAUGCCUGGCGUCAGGUCUUGUUUUCGCGUUUCGAUCACAUUUCGCAACGAAAAGUGGUGAAAAAGUGGAAUAAAUUUGGCAACAGCUAGUCGGAAAUUGCUGAUAAGCUUGCGUUGAAAAUGGCAGCCCCACCGCCGGCCGAUGGCGGCAGCACCGGCUUCUACGUGUACGUGGGCAACGUUCCGAAGACCGCCUCCGAGGACCAGCUGCGUCGGUUUUUCGGCGAGUGCCGUGGCAUUCUGGCGUUCAGCUUCCGGCUCGAGGACUGCACCUACUGUCCGACCAAGAUCGCCUUCAUCAAGUUUGCCAACCGCGACGACCAGGAACGGGCGUACGGCCUGAACCAGCAGUUCUUCCAGGGCAAGCGGGUGUUUGUGGCCAGCGUCGACUCGGAGGCCAACUUUACGCCCAAGUUUUCGGUGAUGGUGAAGAAUUUGAACGAAUAUAUUACCGAGGAGGACAUUUACGAGCACUUUAAGCACAUCGGAACGAUCGAGUGCGUGCAGAAGCCGGCCAACAACUACGGCUACGUUUCGUUCGAUCGUUGCGAGAGCACUCAGCGGGCGUUGAUCUUGAAGAACCGGAAUCUGAAGGGCGUGGACAUUGAGAUACAGCAGGUGCGGAGGAAUAUCUGCAUCUUGCUGGAGAAGCCCACCGGACCGCAGUUCGGUUCGAUCCGGGAAAAGUGCGAGGAGUUGGGACUGCGUUAUGAGCCGGAAUCGGAGUCGGAAACGAAGCUGCUGGUGACCAACAUUCCGCGCCAGGCGCAGGAAGCGGACAUCCUGGAGUAUUUCGGCCGGUUCGGGAAGAUUGUGGACUGGCAGAUGCAAAAGUCGGUCAUUUCGGUGCUGACGAACAGUGCUUGUGUUACGUACAGUGACGCGAAAACGGCUCGCCGGGUGUUUUUGGGAGGACCGCACUUUUUCCAGGGCGUGUGUCUGGAUGUGUACAACCCACGGAUUACGUACGGAGAGCUGCAGUCUACUACGGCCGUGCUCUUAAAACGGACCAACGUUUUCCUCACCAACGACGAGAUCUACCAGGCGAUGAACGAGUGUGGCCGGGUCAGCUAUAUCCAUCGCGUCGACUCGACCCGGUUCUGCACGAUUGUGCGGUUCCGCUUUGCGAUCGCGGUUUCGCAGGCCAUGAGGCUGAAGCAGAUCGCCGGGGAAAACGUAACGGUCGUGCGAUAUACCGAACCAAAUUAUCUUACCGAUACGGCACCGAUUCCGGAAGCGUUCCCCAAGAGUGGCGUCCGGAUGCAAAAGGAGGAACUUUUGCGCCGUUUGGUUGAGCAGGAGGAACGUCUCGAGCUGUCCCGGCUGCAAACCGUUCCGAACGAAGCGUACGCCAAUCCGGACGGAAAGUUUUACCGGCAUGAAGUGCAAAUAAUGAACUACCCGAUCGGGACGACUCUCGGCCAGUUCCGGGACUACUUCCGCAAGCACGGCACCGUGAUCAACCUGCGCGAGUUCAUCCAGGGUGACUGCAUUGGGGUUGCGAUCGUGAGCUUCGAUACUCGGCUGGAGGCGCGCCGGGCCUGCUCGAUGAACCAGAACUUUAUGAACGGCAAGCGGUUGCUGAUCCACAUGGCCGACGAGAAGCUGUUCCUGGAUCCGGAGCUGUGCGUGGGCGUGAUGGGUCUGUCGACGGCCACCACCGAUGAGCACAUUUACGAUCGCUUCAGCGAGAUUGGCGCCGUGAAGUUUGUGCUGCGUGAAACGAGUGGCCGGGCGGUCGUUUGCAUGGAGCACCGGCGCUGGCUGGACGCGGUGAUGCGCGUCAUUUUGGUGGGAAAGAGUCGGGUUCAGGUGAGCCGAUUGUUUGGCGGCCCCGGCCCGGGCAAUCCGAACGUGCCAAACAACCAAUUUCAGCCGCGGCAGCAUGGGCCGCCGCCGUCGCAAGGAAACGGCUGGAUGCCCGGGCCGCAGGGGGUUAUGCCACGGCCAAACAUGAUGCCGCGCGGACCGGCGCCGAGACAGGUGGUGCCGUCGCGGCCAAAUUUGCGCCAAGUAGAAAUUAUGCAAGGUAACGGAAGACCGCCGCUGCUCGGGCAGGGUCCACCGAUGCGACCACAGUUCGGCAACAAUGGUCCUCCGAUGAUGGGGUCAAAUGGUCCUCCGAUGAUGCAAGGUGGACCCCGGAUGAUGGGCCCGAAUGGUCCUCCGAUGAUGCAGGGAGGGCCAAUGGGGUCAAAUGGUCCCCCGAUGAUGCAAGGUGGACCCCGGAUGAUGGGCCCGAAUGGUCCUCCGAUGAUGCAGGGAGGGCCAAUGGGGUCAAAUGGUCCCCCGAUGAUGCAAGGUGGACCCCGGAUGAUGGGCCCGAAUGGACCUCCGAUGAUGCAGGGUGGACCGAUGGGCACAAAUGGCCCACGUCCGAUGAUGCAAGGUGGACCAGGACCGGGACCUGGACCGAUGAUGCAAGGCGGACCCAUGCGACCACCGGGACCUAUGGGAAUGGGUCCUAAUGGACCUCCGAUGCCAGUCGUAACACAAUCAAUGAGACGUCUAAUGCAGGUUGUUGAAGUACAAAUGAACAACAUUCAAGCCUUCAGUCAAAUGCCAAUGAUUGAGCAGUUCAACCUGGUUCAUGGAAUCGUGAACCAGUUCAUCAAUUUUCCGCAGUUUGUCGGUUUGAGCGCAGACGCCAAGAUCAGCUAUCUAAUCAGUGGCGUCAACGGCUUCAACUACGCAAAUUCCUUCACACUUUUUACCUAUCCACAGCAGCAAACGAUGAUUUCGAUCAUUCAAGCAGACUUUCUCAAAACCGUUAGCGCACCGUCGGUUGUGCCCCCUAAUGAGGCACCAGUCCCAGGACAACCCAACCCUUCGCAAGAAAAUGUCGAAAGUAUCAUCGACAACGACGGCGUUCUAGCCCCGUGGCAAACCAUGAAAAAGACCAAAAUGGUAAUCACCAACAAGGAAAAGUCUCCAAUCUCCGAAGAAAUAUCCGCUCAAGAUCGCUUCGAAGAAGCCGAACGACUUCGCAAUGCCAGCGAACCAACCGAAGAAAAAGAAGAAGUUCAGAUCCAGGAAACUCUUUCCGUGAGUUCCGGCUCGGAUAGCAUCCCACCGGCUCCGGCUCCACCGAUCAUAGACCUCGCCAAGUCCCGUUCCCGGUCAAAAUCACCCAUGACCCUGCCCACGCAGUACUGUCGCGUAGCCAGACGUCGAAAGUCUCGAUCACCACGCCGAAAGAGCCGACACAGGUCCCGAUCGCCACGCGGACGUCGAUCGCGAUCCCCCGUUCGAGCCAGACGCCGCUCUCCGUCGCCAAGAUCACGCCGCAGGCUCAGCCCAAUCUCUAGGGCUCUCGAGUCCCGCCCCAUCUCGCACAUCAGCCGUCGGCGUCGUUCGCUGUCCAAGUCACCCCGACGGUACACCCGCGAUCGCAGCCCGGCGCGUCGCAGAAGCCACCGGAGAGAUUCCCCGCCAGCCCGGAGCGUCCGCCGAUCGCGGACUCGAUCGCCCCGGCCACACCGACGGCACAUUUCACCGCCAGCUCGCCGACACUCGCCAAUCAGAAGACCUUCCCCGGUCAGGCGUAGAUCGCCCUCGGUCGUGCGUUCCAAGUCACGAUCCCACUCGUUGUCGCCCUUGUGGGACGAGGAGGUAGCGCUGGACGAGAUGAGCCUGGACGACUUUACCCACGAAAGAUCGGCAUCACUGUCGUUGAGUCCCAUUUCUGACCGGGGUUCACCGUUUGAUGAAGACAUUGCCGAUGAUCGUGGCCAUAGCGCAGAACCGAUAGGAUCUACCAACGAUCGAACGCUGUUCGUGAACAACCUACCGUACGACACGACCGACGCCGACCUGGAGGAACUGUUCGGCAAGUACGGCGAAGUCGUGUCGCACCGGUUCGUAGAACAUCCGCAGAACUUUGAAACGAAGCGGGCGUACGUUACGUUCGAUACGCUGGACCAGGCCGUUCGAGGGCUGGAUCUUCACCUGAAGCGGCACCGCCAGCUUCUUCUGCGCGUUGCGUUCGUCAACAAGCGUCAGAUGUGGCGCGCCGGCUUCGCGGUCAAUGUGACCGUUGCGAAAGAUUACGACGAGCUGCCCAUCUACGAGACGUUCAAGAUGUGCGGCGAAAUCACCUGCCUGUGGACGCGGCUGUUCAACUCGAAGAAGUACUGCGUGAUCGACUUCAAACACCGGGACGCGGUUCCGAUCGCGCUGGAGGUGCGCCAGCUGCACAACGGCUGGAAGUGUCGCGUGACGGCGAUUAUCUGAGCCGGGACGGAGUCCUUCCGGACGGGGGAAAACAAACUAUGGUCACACCGGAAGUGCACUCGCGGAUAUUGGGCAGCGUUUCAGGAAAGUUACAUUAUGCUCGGGUACGUUCAAAUAACUGCAUGAUGAAUGCAUCUUGUUUUCGUUUCAGAUUUCUUGCAAGCUUGUCGAACAGAGGCUUCGACUUCGAAACGGUUCAGUUUUGCAAAACGAGGCGCAGAUUGGAGUGGUUCGAAUCCGGGCUUCUUCGGGGCUACCCCCAUGAGAUUGAAGAUUGGCUAAGUUCCAAAUUUGUGCUCAUUCUAACCACGGGAACCCCUCGCUCUAAUCGCUUGAAAAAAUCUUCAAAAUUUUUGAAGCAAAGCAACUGAUUCUCAGAUGUGGAACCUUGAUAAAAUUUGGAAAAAAUGCUCGAAGUCACCACAUUUUUAGGAUUUUUUAUGGAAAGUCAUGAGCUUCCGAAAAUGAACAUUUUUGCGCGGUCGGCCUCUCCACAGGUUGGAAAGUAAAACAGUUGCUUUCUUCCAUACAAACUUCAAGCGUUUAAAGGGAGUGGUUCCCGUGGUCAAAUUCCCGUGGAAUUUAGUGAUGGGUCAAUGUCUGAUUUCAGCAGUUAGCUCCGAGCAGGCCCGGAUUUUGACCACCCUAGUGCAGAUCCUGUCCCAGAUACCAGGAAUCGGCAGGAUUUUGUCGUGUUCAGGUAAGUCAUUUGGAAUUUUGGAAAUUUGGAUUUUCAAUAAUAAAAUAAAACUGCAGGACAUAAAAUACAA